AUGGCUCAAUCACUUCGUAGUCAAUUCGCCACCGACAAGGCGGUCCUUCAAAAGUUUUUGAACUUGGACCAGAAGGGCAUGUACCAGGCCUUGUACAUCUGGAUUGAUGGAUCCGGAGAGAAUAUUCGUGCCAAGACCAGAACUUUCGAUUUCGAGCCAACUGAUCCAGAGAAGCUCCCAAUCUGGAACUUCGACGGUUCCUCCACCGGCCAAGCCGAGGGUGCCGACUCCGAUGUCUACCUGAAGCCGGUGGCCAUCUACCCAGACCCAUUCCGGCAGGGAAAGAACAAGUUGGUCAUGUGCGAGACCUACGAUAACAAGAAGAAGCCGACCGCCACCAACUUCCGUCAACGAUGCAAGGAAGUCAUGGAGAAGGCUGCCGACCAGCACCCAUGGUUCGGUAUGGAACAAGAGUACACUCUUCUCGACAUUGACGGACAUCCAUUCGGAUGGCCAAAGAACGGAUUCCCAGGACCACAAGGGCCAUACUACUGCGGUGUCGGAGCCAACAAGGUAUACGGUCGCGACAUCGUCGAAGCCCAUUACCGCGCUUGCCUUUACGCCGGCAUCCAAAUCUCCGGAACCAACGCCGAGGUGAUGCCAGGACAGUGGGAGUUCCAAGUCGGACCAUGCGAGGGAAUCCAGAUGGGAGACCAAUUGUGGGUGGCCCGCUACUUGCUUCAACGUGUCGCCGAGGAGUUCGGAGUGAUCGCCUCGUUCGAUUGUAAGCCGAUCAAGGGAGACUGGAAUGGAGCUGGUUGCCAUACCAACUUCUCCACCGAUAAGAUGAGAAAUCCAGGAGGAAUUGACGAGAUCAUGUCGGCCAUCAACAAGCUCUCCCUUGUCCACCCACAACACAUCGCCUACUACGAUCCACAUGGUGGAAAAGACAACGAGCGUCGUUUGACCGGACUCCACGAGACCGCCUCCAUCGACAAGUUCUCCUAUGGAGUCGCCUCCCGCGCCUCGUCCAUCCGUAUCCCACGCUCCACCGAUGACGACGGCUACGGAUACUUCGAGGACCGUCGUCCAUCAUCCAACUGUGACCCAUACACCGUCACUGGAGCUCUUGUGAGAACUGUGUGUUUGGAGGGAGCCGAACGCAAGUUGUCCAUGAUGUACGUGCCAAGUCAAGCACCAAAUAUUCAAAAGCAUUAG